AUGAAAGUUACUAAAUCAAAUCUUAUUGAUGAUAUUGAAAUACAACAUGAGCCAUUAUCUAUUGGUUCUAAUGAAACUAAAAUUAAUAUUAAUCCUAUGACAAUUAUUUUAGCUAAUGGAAAACUAUUAUUAACAAAUUUUGAAGAAAAAUAUUUAAUAGAUGUUAUAUUAAAAACGUCAAAUAAAGAUAUUGAAAUAAUUUAG